ACCCCCCCACCGCCGAGUCCUCAUCACCACCCCAAAAGCUACUCUAGUCCACGCUUCCGCCCAGAUCGGAGGAGCGCCCCCCCGCCUCGCCGAUGGCGCCGCCGCCGCGCCAUCUCCUCCUCCUUCUCCUCGCGUUCCUCGCCUCCCUCGCCACGCUCGCCGACGCUGUGUACGAGGACCAGGUCGGCCUCGCGGACUGGCAUCAGAGGUACAUUGGUAAAGUAAAGCAGGCAGUCUACCACAGUCAGAAAAGUGGAAGGAGACGUGUUGUGGUUUUGACAGAGGAAAAUGUGAUUGCUUCUCUCGAUCUUCGUUCAGGAGAUAUAUUUUGGAGGCAUGUCAUUGAGAAGAAUGACCCUGUGGACCAGCUUAGUUUAUCACUUGGAAAAUAUGUUGUAACACUAUCUUCAGGAGGUAGUAUUUUAAGGGCAUGGAAUCUUCCUGAUGGCCAAAUGAUCUGGGAAACUAAUCUUCAAGUUGCCAAAUCAUCAAAAUCACUGCUGCAUGUUUUGUCAAACAAUAAAGUGGCAAAGGAUAACCUGGUAUUUGUGUCAGCUGGACAAUGGAUUUACGCUGUAUCAAGCAUUGAUGGGGUAAUUUCUUGGGGAAAGGAGUUCUCCCUUGAUGGCCUAGAAAUCAAGCAGGUUGUUCAAUCGCCAGAGAAUGAUAUUAUAUAUGCUGUAGGUCUUUCUGGUUCCUCAAAGCUAAACUUGUAUCAGUUGAAUGCUAAAACCGGAGAAAUAGUAAAGCAUAUACAAGAGUCAUUCCCUAGUGCAAUAUGUGGUGAAACAAUACUUGGUUCUCAUAAUAUGUUGGUAGCUUUGGAUGAGACCAGAUCAGGUCUAUUUCUUAUUGAGUUCAAUGGCGAGAGAAUCAGCUACAAGAAGGUUCAUAUUUCAGAUCUUGUUCAAGACCUAUCUGGAACAGUCAAGCUUCUACAGUUAAUGCCCAAUGGUGUCAUAGCUUUGCAAGUAUCUUCUACUGUUUUCGUUUUGAAACUUAAAGGAAUCGAUGGGUUGGAACUAAUUCAGAGCUUUGAACAACCAGCCGCUGUGAGUGAUGCUUUGGCAAUCACAGAAAAAGAUGAAGCUUUUGCCAUUGUGCAGCAUGUGGGUUCUGAAAUCGAAUUUGUUGUCAAACUUACAAGCGAUGUAACCAAUGAAGUUAUUAGAGAAAAAAUCAAUAUAGAUCAACAUAGGGGCAAUAUCCAAAAGGUCUUCUUGAAUAAUUAUAUCCGAACAGAUAAAUCACAUGGUUUUCGAGCUUUGCUUGUAAUGGAAGAUCAUUCACUCUUGUUAGUCCAACAAGGUGCGGUUGUUUGGAACAGAGAGGAUGGACUUGCAUCAAUUGUUGAUGUAACAACUUCUGAAUUGCCUGUUGAGAAGGAUGGUGUCUCAGUUGCAAAUGUGGAGCAUAAUCUCUUUGAAUGGCUGAAGGGACACAUGCUGAAACUCAAGGGUACCCUAAUGCUUGCAAGUGCUGAUGAACUUGCUGCUAUUCAAGCAAUGAGACUGAAGAGCUCUGAGAAAAAUAAGAUGACAAGGGACCAUAAUGGAUUUAGGAAACUUCUUAUCGUAUUAACAAAGGCUGGAAAAGUGAUAGCCCUUCAUACUGGAGAUGGACGUAUUAUCUGGUCAAACUUGUUGCAGUCCCUUCGUGCUUCCAAGUCUGGUGAAAUGCCUUCUGCCUUAAGCCUAUAUCAAUGGCAGGUUCCCCAUCAUCGUGUAAUGCAUGAGAAUCCAUCCAUACUUAUCGUUGGCAGAUCUGGAGCAGACAGUGCUGCUCCUGGUCUCCUUUCUGUUCUUGAUUCAUAUUCUGGAGAUGAACUUACCUCUCUGAGGUUGGACCACUCUGUGGUCCAAAUUAUCCCACUGACACUGAAGGAUUCAUCUGAGCAUCGGCUUCAACUUAUUUUUGAUUCUCACUCCAAUGCCUAUCUCUAUCCAAGAUCUCCUGAUGCCAUGAAUGUGUUUCUUCCUGAAAUGUCUAAUACAUAUUUGUACACCGUAGAUACUGAGAAAAAUGUUAUCAGGGGGUAUUCUUUACAAAAGUCCUGUGACAACUCAGAUGAGUACUGCUUUAGCACAAAGGAGCUGUGGUCUAUUGUUUUUCCUUCUGAUACAGAAAGAAUUGCUAUAUCUGAAACUCGAAAGAUGAAUGAGGUUGUUCAUGCACAAGCAAAGAUCAUAGCUGAUCAAGACGUGAUGUACAAGUACUUAUCGAAGAAUUUAAUUUUUGUUGCUACUCUGUCUCCUAAAGCUGCUGGUGAAAUAGGAUCUGCGGCACCUGAAGAAGCUUGGCUUGUGGCUUAUCUUAUUGAUGCUGUCACCGGACGCAUACUGCACCGUGUGACUCAUCAUGGUGCUCAAGGCCCUGUACAUGCAGUUGUCAGUGAGAAUUGGGUUGUCUAUCAUUAUUUCAAUCUCCGAGCUCACAGAUUUGAAAUGGCAGUGAUUGAGAUAUAUGAUCAAUCUAGAGCGGACAAUAAAGAUGUUAUGAAGCUCAUACUUGGGAAGCAUAAUCUAUCAGCACCAAUUACUUCUUAUACUCGUCCCGAGGUGAUGGUGAAAUCUCAGUCGUACUUCUUUACCUUCUCAGUGAAAACAAUUGCAGUUACACAAACAGCUAAGGGGAUAACUAACAAGCAGCUUCUUAUUGGCACGAUCGGUGACCAGGUUUUGGCACUUGACAAGCGCUUUGUUGAUCCACGUCGUUCAGUAAAUCCCACACAACAAGAGAAAGAAGAGGGCAUUAUACCAUUAACAGAUGCUUUGUCUAUUAUUCCAACAUCCUAUGUGACACACUCUCUUCAAGUGGAAGCCCUGCGAGGAAUUGUUUCUAUUCCUUCCAAGUUGGAGUCAACUACUCUUAUUUUCACAUAUGGUGUAGAUCUUUUCUACACUCAGCUUGCUCCGUCCAGAACCUAUGACUCACUGACUGAUGAGUUCAGCUAUGCACUGCUACUCAUCACAAUUGUUGCAUUGAUUGCUGCGAUUGUUGUUACUUGGAUUUGGUCUGAGAAAAAGGAGUUAAGAGACAAGUGGAGGUAAGUGAGGCCUCGACACGAUGCAGAUGGAAUUUUGGGCCCUAGUCAGCAUCCCUUUUCUUUUGCCAUUUUUGUUUCUAGUGGUAGCCUGCUAGGGUUCGUUUCACUUUUGACUAGGCCUUUAUUUGUGUAACCAUUUGACAAUAGCACCUAUCUUGUGGGAUGACAUACUGCUUCAAGUUUUACAGAAAGCCACAUGUGCUAUUAGAAAUGCUGGGAUGGCGUUGAAAAACUGGUACAGCGCCAACGGUGGGCAUGGAUUGCUUAUGAGUCGUAAAAUUUUACCGCAGCAACUAAAAUGUUUAGCAGAAUGUUAGUUAUUGUUGUCCAUAGAAGAGCUCUUGUAACUUAAUGAAUCCUGCCAUGUUCCAUCAUUAUACCUUUUCUGAA